AACUGGUUCAUAGACAAUUUUGGUUCAUUUUUCAUUUACCACGGUACUCUAUAGGCCUGGCCCAGCUCUAAAGAGUGAACAGUUGAAGACCUCGGCCACUAUACUUUCAAAAACCCUGGGCGCGGACCGAGCAGUGAAUUUCGACCACCACACACGGCGCGCACUUUAGAGGAAAACACUGUUUGAUUUUUGGGAUUUGUUUUGAAUGAACAAGAGCGCAAGCAAUUAAGCUUUGAACAGAGAGAGAGAGAGAGAGAGAGAUGAAUUCAAAAGAGAGUUGUAGAAGUGAGCUCCGCAUUGCGAUUCGUCAGCUCAGUGAUCGUUGCCUCUACACUGCUUCCAAAUGGGCAGCAGAACAGUUGAUGGGUAUCGAGCAAGACCCAGCAAAUUUCACGCCUUCAAACACCAGAUUCCAGUGGGGAAGCUCAAGCAUUCGCAGGAGAUUCCGGACCAAUGAGAUCACUUCAACACCCAUUGCUGGUGUGUCGUACGUGUCCACUCCUGUGAUGGAGGAGGACGAUGCUGUGGAUGGUGACUUUUACCUCCUGGCUAAGUCUUACUUUGACUGCCGAGAAUACAGGAGGGCUGCUCAUGUGCUACGGGACCAAACCGGGAAGAAAUCUGUGUUCUUGCGUUGUUAUGCUCUUUAUCUGGCUGGGGAAAAGCGGAAAGAAGAAGAGGUGAUAGAACUUGAGGGACCCUUAGGUAAGAGUGAUUCUGUGAACUGCGAACUGGUCUCUUUGGAGCGUGAGUUAUCAACACUUCGCAAGAAUGGCUCAAUUGAUCCAUUUGGAUUGUACUUGUAUGGUCUUUUUCUCAAAGAGAAAGGCAGCGAGACUGUUGCUCGUACAGUUCUUGUUGAGUCUGUGAAUAGCUAUCCUUGGAACUGGAAUGCAUGGUCAGAGCUGCAGUCUUUGUGUACUACAAUUGACACCUUGAACAGCCUCAAUCUCAACAACCAUUGGAUGAAGGACUUCUUUCUUGCCAGUGCUUACCAAGAAAUUAGGAUGCACAGCGAAUCUUUAGCAAAAUAUGAAUAUCUACAGGGAACUUUUGGUUACAGUAAUUACAUCCAGGCUCAAAUUGCAAAAGCCCAGUACAGUUUGAGGGAAUUUCAACAAGUUGAAACAAUAUUUGAAGAACUUCUAAGAAAUGAUCCUUACCGAGUCGAAGACAUGGAUAUGUAUUCCAAUGUGCUCUAUGCAAAUGAGUGUUCUUCUGCCCUGAGUUACCUUGCCCAUAGGGUAUUUAUGACUGAUAAAUACAGGCCUGAAUCUUGUUGCAUUAUUGGCAAUUACUAUAGUUUAAAGGGGCAGCAUGAGAAGUCAGUUAUGUAUUUUAGGAGGGCACUCAAAUUGAACAAAAAUUAUUUGUCUGCUUGGACACUUAUGGGUCAUGAGUAUAUUGAGAUGAAAAAUACUCCAGCUGCUGUUGAUGCCUAUCGACGGGCUAUAGAUAUAAAUCCGUGUGAUUAUCGAGCAUGGUAUGGACUAGGACAAGCUUAUGAGAUGAUGGGCAUGCCAUUCUAUGCCCUACAUUACUUCCGAAAAUCCGUAUUCUUGCAGCCAAAUGAUUCUCGGUUGUGGAUCUCAAUGGCUCAUUGUUAUGAAACUGAUCAACUUCGCAUGCUUGAGGAGGCAAUUAAGUGUUACAGAAGGGCAGCAAAUUGUAAUGACAGGGAAGCAAUUGCCCUGCACCAACUAGCAAAGUUGCAAUAUGAACUUGGGCGUCCUGAAGAGGCAGCAUUUUACUACAAGAAGGAUUUGGAGAGGAUGGAAGCUGAAGAGAGGGAAGGACCAAAUAUGGUAGAAGCUUUGCUUUAUCUUGCUACGUACUAUAAAACCCAGAAGAGAUUUGACGAGGCAGAGGUGUAUUGUACCCGUCUUCUGGAUUUUACUGGCCCAGAGAAGGAAACAGCAAAGAGUUUACUUCGAGGAAUGAGAACAACACAAUCUGGUUUCCCUUCGAUGGAUGUUGAGCACUUCUCUCCCUAAAUUUUUUGUUUCCAAAUAGAUGUACAUGUAUAUGCCUCUACUCCCAGUUUAUGAAUUAUGGAAAUCAAUGACUGAUAAAAAUCUUGGGAUGAGAUCAGAAUGCAAACAUAUCUUGAACGCUGCUGAACAAAUUGAUGUAUUUUCAAUUGUAAUCUAAUUAAUUAUUUUCAUAGUGGGAUAGAUGCUACCCCAAUGGAAUGUUUCAGUCUGAAUGUGGUGCUGCAGUUAUAUAGGAAACAAGUUUGAAGUUUGGAAAGUAUUUCUUCCUUAUUUGGAGUUGCUGUGCACUAGAACUUGAUUCUUGACUAGAAGUCCAAUGUAAUUCUUCUGAAGUUUAAUCUGUUGUGAUCGUUUAUUAAUGUCAUAUAAUAAGUACGAAUGCUGUUCUUGUUU